AGGGAUCAAAGAAGGUUUACCGUCGUCGCGGCCGCAUAUGCGGCGCGUCCUUCCCUUGCGGUUAUUCAGCCUCCUUGCCACCACCACCACCUUCCAACCCAUCCCCCUUGCCCUUGCCAAGUGCAGGGAUCGGGGAUGCAGAUUAACAGUGGUCCGACACGGGAACCCUCCGUUGAUAGGCAACUAUUGCAUUUACUGCUUUCCUUGGUUAUAUUUCCGCCCGCACCCCUUUUGUUCCCAGGACAUCCUUACGUACCCCCAGGUGCUAGGCUGCAGCUUUGCGCAGUCGCUGCGUCACAACCUGCGUUUGUUGUUUCGGAGCUGAUAGGAACAGCUGCAGCAGUAGCAGUAGAGGGAGGAGGGAAGGGAGACAUGGAGUCUUUGAUUUUUUUUAUUGCUCCUCGGAUAUCAGACGGGAAAUGGUACGAGAUGCGUGUAAGACCGGACAAAGAUGUCUUGCAAAGUUUCACCCAAUCCGUCUACUGGAACACGCCGCGGCAGUGGCUCUGUCGCUCCGUUCCUGUCCGGAUGAAUGGCGCGUGUCACAUGCCGAUGGCAAGCCCGUUGGCCUUGCACGUGCUGGCCUUGCUUGUUCAUGCUCUUCUCUGCGGCUGAGUGUGAUGAUGCCAUUGGCGCAUGCCCAGGAACACAUUUCCAUGCUUUCUCCCUGCUACUGCCAAACCAAGGUCGCCGCCUGCCAAUGUCUCUCUCUCAGAUGACUUCUGCAGCCUAUGCACAGCGUCCUUGUCCAUCCGAGCAUGUCGCGGCGCCAUGUCCCGGGCGGCUCGUCGUCUGGUGCCA